AUGGCUACGGACACGGAUCUCCAAGUAGACAGGCACAUCAGCUAUCUCAAUCUUCAUUCCGUCUUUUUGCCUGUAGUUGGCGUUGAGGAGGAUAUGGCUAGGCAUGAUAACGAUCACUGCGUCUUCGUGAACACUGCGGACAUGGCCGAGCUGCUGAGAACCACCCUGUCCAAAGAGCCCGAGAUAUCCAUGUGUGUUGCCAAGCUCCUCGCAGUUCUCUGCAGCUUGGACUACGAAGUGAGCCACGAAACGUUCAAGUACGUUGACAGGGACUUUAUGCUUAGUUCAGUGAGCUCGUCUGCGUCACACUUAGCUCUGGUGAGGCGUCUGAUGGGAUCUAGGUCGCGCGAGGGACUCGAGUUUCGUCACUCCCACAGUGGAGCAGUGCUCUAG